UCUCUCUCUCUAACAAAUACUAGAUGGUUCGAAUUCUCUCUCCUAAUUCUCAGCCAAUAUAUUCUUCUUCUUCUUCAUCUUCUUUGUCUUGGUCGGCUCCAACUCCGACUCCGAUGACGACAUCGACGUCGAUGACCGAGACGGUGAAUGGGUCCAACCUGUUCAACAUCUCAGGGUACUCGCUCUUGAAAGGUAUUGGGGUCGGAAAAUGCGUGGCGUCCAAUACUUUCACCGCCGGCGGGUACUCUUGGGAAAUUUAUUUUUACCCGGACGGCAAGAAUGAGCAGGACAAUGCUACGUAUGUUUCGCUGUUUAUAGUUUUGGCGAGCGAAGGCACUGAUGUGAGAGCGCUUUUUGAACUGAAGCUUUUGGAUCAGAGUGGGAAAGAGAGGCAUAAGGUUCAUAACCAGUUCGAUAGUGGGCCUUACACGAUCAGAAGUCUUGGUAGCAUGUGGGGUUACAGCCAUUUUUUCAAAAGAACUGAUCUAGAGACAUCUGACUACCUCAAAGAUGAUUGUCUCAAGGUUUACUUUAGAGUAGGUGUUGUGAGAUCAUACACCGAGGGUCCUGAGAUCUACUCUAUUGCAGUACCACCUUCUAACGUUGGUCAGAAUUUGGGGCAUCUAUUUGAAACUGGAAAGGGAACAGAUGUGAAUUUUGAAGUUGAUGGGGAAACUUUUGCUGCUUAUUCUGAAGGGCAUAGGUCUGGUCCCUCACAGUGGGAUAAUGAAGGAGGUUCUAAAAGUCGUGGUAGGAGGUCAUCUUGGCGGGAUAAUGGAGGAGGUUCUGGGAGUCGUGGUACCAGGUUGUCUCGUCGAAGGACCUCGAUGUUGUCUCGACGGAGAACCCAAGGUCCUUCGACUCCUUCCAAUGAAGAUGAAAACAAUCAGCUCGGCCAAUUCCUUGCAGAACAAAGAAAAUUGCUUUUCGGUGUAUUUUUCUUUUUUCUUUUCCUUUUUUUGUUUUUUUGUUUUUUUGUAUUUUGGUAAGUGAUGUAGGGGUGUUUAAAAAACUGCUCUGAUCACACGGCUGCAUCACACCGGCGGCCAAAGAUUCUUGAGGCCCACCUUUAUUUAUUUAUUUUUUGUUGCUAAAACCAACUUCUAUUAAACAGAAGAAACAAACAAACAGUC